AUGCUCGCGCGCAGCUCGCCCCGCGGCGCUCUCCGCGGCCUCGGGCUCUCGCACACAAAAGCGUACGCCCGGCGUCGCCUAUCCAUCGACGAGUUCAACAAAAACAAAAAGGACUUCACGUUCGGCGCGGACGCCGACAACUUCGGCCGCGGCAGCCGCCACCGCCAGCUCCAGGGCGCCUUCGAGGACCACGCGCCGCUCGAGGAGCACCCGAAACUCCAGGGCCUUGACCGCGCGUCGCCCGAGUACAAAUACCAGCUCAUGUUGCUCCAACAGGAUUUCCAGAACAAGCGGCAGCAGCAGCGCGCGCAGUGGGAGCUCGCGGAGCGCGUCAAGGGCGUGGGCGCCGGGCUCUUGGCGCUCGUGGGCAUUCUCGCCGCGUACCAGCUCGUGACCAACCACAAGUAUCUCCGGGCGCAGGUGCGCGGCUGGUGGGCCCCCGGCGUGGACGUGUCGCGGGUGCUGGACAUGAACGACCCGAAGGGGAACACGCGGGCCGUGGCGCACUUGGCCGAGCGGCUCGGCGCGGACGCGGACGCCGGCUUCCUCGCGGCCUUGCGCGACUCGCGCGUGCCGGGCCUCUACUUGUUUGGCGCCGUCAGCGGCAAGAGGCUCCCCGCGCGGGCCGCUGGCUUCGACGGCAUGCUCCUCGCCGACGUGUGCGUGCAGGACGACUACCUCGUGGCCAUCGACGACAAGGGCCGGGUGCUCCACUACGCGCCCGGCAUGGCCUCGCCGGUGUACGUGCACAUGCCGGCCAAGGUGCGCCAGGUCGUGGCGUCCGGCGGCCGCUACUUCUAUGUGGCGCGCAACGGCCGCGCCGUGUGGUGCGGCGGCCGCGUGGACCCGGCCACGCAGGCGAGGCCCGGCUGGCUUACCUCCGGGGCGCCGUACGCCGUGUCCUCGGUGGCGCUCGACGUGCUUGCGCGCGGCGAGCGGCUCGCGCUGGUGGCCGCCGGCGCCGAGCACCUCCUACUCCUCACCAGCCACGGCCGGCUCUUGGGUGUGUGCAGCGCGCGUGCGCCGGCCAGCAAGGGCCAGUACGGGCUCCCCCGCUAUGCGCAGGCCGACGCCCCGGAGCCCGUGCCCACAGACGUCGCGUUUGACUUGGUGAACUUGAACAACGAGGUGGUGACGGCCAGCAGCGGCGCCAAGGCCGUGCGCCCGCGCACGUUCGCGGCCAUCGCCGCCACGGCCCACGCCAACGCGGCGCUCGACCUGGCCGGCGCCUUGUGGACGUGGGGCGACAACGCGCUGUGCCAGUGCGGGCGCCCCAAGGCCGUGGCCGACGACAUCCAGCCCGUGCCGCGCGCCGUGUAUGCGCUCAAGGACUUGGCCCGGAUCCUGCGGUACAGUGUCGCAGACCGGGGCCUCGCGGGCCGCUUCUCGGCAGACGCGCUCGCGGCGGCCAACAACACGUUUUACGUGAAGAUGUCGUACCGUGUGGACGGCGACCCGCUGCUGGCGCAGGACUUGGUGCUCAGUUUCGGCGACGGGCUCCGCGGGCAGUUGGGCAUCUCGCGGUACUUGCACAUGACGCCCACGCCCCACGUGCUCAAGAGCCUCGUGGGCUUGCGUGAGUUCGACGAGGCCACGCAGACCACGCGCAACAUCGGCAUCAAGAGCAUCGUGCCGGGCGGCGACCACACGUUCGUGACCUUGGACAACCACGGCGCGCACAAGGACGUGUUGGUGUUUGGCGACAACUUGCAGGGCCAGUUUGGAAACGGCAGGACGGCCAAGAGCGCCCGCCCGGCGCAGAUCCCCAAGCUCCUCGAGCCCGAGAACUUCGACGAAUCCACCAAGAAGUUGGUCUUGAAGUUGAACGACCAGACCAAGAACAGACUCCAGCUAGCCGACGGCAACACGGACGGCGUGGAGCAGGUGCUUGCGGCAGGCGAGCUGAGCUCCGCCAUCUACUACCGCCGCAAGUAG